CACGGUGAAGGGAGGAGGGGCAACGAUAGAUUUCGCUUCGUUGUCGUGUAUUAAAUUUUUAGUAGUUUGUGUUAAAAUCGUUAUAUAUGGAUUGAAUUGAGUGAGACUGUUUCAUGCUAUAUGAGUGGAUUAGAGAUAUUGAUAACUGUAUGUGUACACCGGCGAUUACAUUUGGACCGCUCCCUGUGCGUAGAGUACGUACGUCAGUCAUCAAGUAUUUUUCAUGCUUGUACUACUUGCGUAUAGUAGGGGCCGUGUGAUAGUAAAAGCUGUUGGAAAGUGCAUUCAUACGGGAAACUAUUGCCGUAAAAACAAAUCUCACGUUCCGUUUAUAAUAUAGCGCUAAGUGUUGAGUGUUCAGUCGAUAGGAAUUGGAUGUUUGAAGCCAUUUUCGGUACCGUAUUCGACUGGAGUAUAAUCAAGAUAUCGUAAUGACUUUCGUAUUUGUUACGUUUGAAUAUUAACGGGUUUUGUGUUUAGACAUGAUAACAAAACCACUACAGACAUGGACGGCGUGAAAAAAAUACACUCGGGUACUUUGUAUCGUAACGGUCCGGUAGAGGGUGCGUAUGGUCCGCAACACAGUCCUGUGUCGCGGUCCGACGCUUCCACCGAGGACGCGGAGUUAUCCGCUGCGCUUGCGCAUCAGCACCACCUCGCUAUGCAGGCGGGCGAUUACCCCGUCGGUGGUGGCGUGGAGCCAGACUAUGGGCAGUAUGUUUCGUCGCCCGCCGCUCACUACAACCACAUGGGUCACCUCACCAUGGCGCCAUCGCAGAAGUACCCUCAUGUGAUGGAAGCGGUGUCUGUGGGUAGCGGUUACGCUGGCGGCGUUGGCGCGGGUACUGGCGGCGGCCACUAUGGCACAUACGCGCACUAUGGAGCUGCCUAUCCGGCCCAACCGGCGUACCUCGUGGAUCCUCAAGUGCCGGCGUAUAUGGCACAGGAGUACGUAGAAGGUGGAGGCAGUGCGUCACCCCGUAGCGCCUCCCCAGGAGCAAUGCCGUCUCAGCAUAAUCUACAUUUGCAACAGAGGUACGACUCAGCGUCUUUAGAGCAACUGGGGCGGCACUAUUGCGUGACGUCACCGCGCGGAGAAUACGCGGGCGACGCGUACGCAUACCAACACUAUCCCGCUGCGUAUGAUCCUCCGCACCAACCGCCUCCUUUUAAGGAUUCGCAAAAUGGUCUUAGUUUGGGAAGCACAGGCGGUCAAUCGAUGUAUGGUGAUGAAGAGGAACUACAAAAACAAAUGGCGGGAAUGGCAUUAGUUCAUGGUGGUGUCGGCGUGGGUGUCGGUGGUCGUGAGGAUGGCGGUGGGCUGCAAUGGCGAGAUCCAAACCUACCGGAAGUGAUCGGUUUCCUCAACUCUCCCUCUGACGUGGUGAAGGCAAACGCUGCGGCGUACUUGCAGCACCUCACUUACAUGGACGACCCGAACAAACAGAAGACCAGGAGCUUAGGAGGCAUCCCGCCGCUGGUGCGGCUGGUGUCGCACGAGAACCCCGAGGUGUGCCGCAACGCGUGCGGCGCGCUGCGCAACCUGUCCUACGGCCGCCAGAACGACGAGAACAAGCGCGCCAUCCGCGACGCGGGCGGCAUCCCCGCGCUCAUGGCGCUGCUGUGCCGCGCCACCGACAUGGAGGUGAAAGAACUAGUUACGGGCGUCAUUUGGAAUAUGUCUUCCUGUGAAGACCUCAAGCAGUCGAUAAUAGAUGACGCGGCACAAGUUAUUGUAAACAAGGUUAUCAUACCACACUCCGGCUGGCAUCCCACAAACCCUGGCGAUACUUACUGGUCUACCGUGUUCCGCAACGCGUCGGGCGUGCUGCGCAACGCGUCGUCGGCGGGCGAGUACGCGCGGCGCCGCCUGCGCUCGCUGGCGGGGCUGGCGGAGGCGCUGCUGCACGCCGUGCGCGCCGCGCUCAGCGCCAACGCCAUCGGCACCAAGAUCGUGGAGAACUGCGUCUGCGUGCUGAGGAACCUCUCCUACAGGUGUCAGGAAAUAGAAGAUCCUUUAUAUGAUACACGAGCUCCGCCCACACAAUCUUCUGGACAGGCAAGGAUACAAGCUAGCGCAUCGAAAGGCGAGAAUUUAGGAUGUUUCGGUGGCAGUAAAAAGAAGAAAGAAGGUUCAUCAUCGUCAAAUUCGACCAGUCCGCUAGGGAAGAGCGAUCCGGAACCACAGCAACUGGACAACAACACUAACACGCAGUUAGGGUACAGCGUGCCCAAGGGUACUGAGAUGCUCUGGUCGCCUGAGGUAGUACCAUUGUACAUGGCGUUACUCCAAACCUGUUCUAAUCCUGAGACGUUGGAAGCGGCGGCGGGAGCUCUACAGAACUUGGCUGCUUGUUACUGGCAGCCCUCUAUUGAUAUACGUGCUGCUGUUAGGAAAGAGAAAGGUUUACCAAUCCUAGUGGAAUUAUUACGAAUGGAAGUGGAUAGGGUCGUGUGUGCUGUGGCUACAGCGCUACGUAACUUGGCCAUCGAUCAGAGGAACAAGGAACUGAUAGGGAAAUACGCCAUGCGGGAUCUGGUACAGAAGCUGCCAAGUGGCAAUCAGCAGCACGAUCAGGGCACGUCGGACGACACGAUAGCGGCGGUGCUGGCGACACUCAACGAGGUGAUCAAGAAGAGCGCGGAGUUCUCUCGCUCGCUGCUGGAGGCGGGCGGCGUCGAGCGGCUGCUGAACCUCACCAAGCAGCGGCACCGACACACGCCCAGAGUGCUCAAGUUUGCAGGUCAAGUGCUGAUGACGAUGUGGUCGCACGCGGAGCUGCGCGAGGUGUACCGCAAGCACGGCUGGCGCGAGGCGGACUUCCUCACGCCCGCCCGCGCCGCGCAGCCGCGCGCACCCUCCGCCGCCAGCGGUCAGGGCACGCCCAUGUCGGGUGCUCCACACUCGCCGGGCGCCGCCAACAGCACGCUGAGCCGCCCCAUGGCGUCCACGGGCGGCACCAGGUACGAGGACCGCACCAUACGGCGGCAUCGGGAGAACGAUGACAUACCAGCCAUGGAUGUUAACUACGCAGAUGGGUUAGGUAUGGGCAACCCCAACGGGCGACCCAUGAACCUCCAAGGCGUCCAAGCUCAAAUGCCGCCGCCGAGCAGCCGCUAAACUUCACACUACUAUUCCUGCAACUCAGGUCUCCGAACAUCGUAAGGACCAUUUGCAGGGUCUCCAAUAACAACAUAUAACUUCAGGCUUUAUAUUAAACUCCAAAUUCUUUGGUGUGUUGGUCUCUAAAACUGCAAGUUUUUUGUACUUAGAUUAGAGCAUAUUAUGACAUUUAUGUAUGUCGGCGUUCUUGUUGUUGUCGUUUAAAAAAACCAUAAAGUAUUGUCUAUUAAUUACUUUUUGUUUUGACUCUUAUAAGUAUAUUUUUUUUCGGCUAACGCCAAUGAUAUAUAGAUUUUGAUGAUUAUUCUAAAUAUUAUCAAACGUUGACAAUUACAGGUUCAAAGUUUUUUUUUUUUUAAAUUAUUUUGUAUGUGAUUUUUUUAUCAUAAUCAUAUUUUUGUAAAGUAAAAAUGUUGAAUUUUAUACAUUUUUUAAACUUUUUAAUUACAUUAAUAUAAUAUGCAUGGAUUUAACAUAUUUAUUAUGAAUGAUCUAACACAAGGAGACCAUUAGUUUGAACACAUCGUAUUUUUUUAAAAAUCAUAAUCACUUUAACUUAUAUCAUAAACUUCCAUUGUAUUUGUUUUUAUUUGACGUGGCCUAACACUCACUUAAACUAUAAUAUCGAUUAUUUUAAUUAGUUUUUUGUUAAAAUCGAUAAAGUCAAUUCCCCUGUAUAUAGUCGUGCCAUUAUAUUAUAAAACGUAUAUCAAAAGGGGAUUCCCGUAGGUGUCGUGUAUUGAAAUUCUCUUAAUAAAUCGAGGCUCACUAUCAUUGUGCAAUUAUUGUACUUGAGGUUCAAUUUGCAAGGUACAUUCGGCAAUAUUUACUUUUACAUACUAAACAUUUUGUUGAUACAUAUUUAACAAUAAAGGAAACGUUUUAGUAUAUAAUAUUUAAUCAUUAUUAUUUACCUGAUUUUGGAAAUGUAAUCAUUCAUGUUUUUGCCGACUGUACUUUUAAUGAUAAAAGUAUGAAAAUAACGUAAAAUUAAAAAUCAACGUAUACUUUAUACCUUUACGUGCUAACUCUUAACUUUUCUAAUAUUCAGGAUUUGAAUAUUGUCAAUAUGUAUUAAAUUAUACAAGUAGAUGACUUAUCCCAAUAGUACCUAAGGGUCGUUAUUACAGACGGGCUGUUACAAGAGAACACGAAGUUUUUGUAAUAUAUUGUAUUCAUUCCAGGACCUUCAAAUAUUGUAAUAUAGGUGUCUAUUGUCCUCUUAUAUACUUAAGGAAUAUCCGUCUUAUACAUAUAUAGCGUUAAGAGCAUUAUUGGGAUGUCUUUGUAAGCUUUAAUAUUCGGUUUGUAGACACGCACUUGACACGCAUCGAGUUUUUUUUAAUGUUGUGUACAGUUGAUCAAUAUAAUCUGCUGAUAUUAUUACUUAUCGAGAAAUCUACUUUUUAUUUGAUCGACUGUACAUUGAAAUAAAACUAUUUUGACAGAUUGUAGGUAUUUUAUCGGCAUGCUUAUGAAUUGAUUUCCUAUAAAAAUAAAUAUUUGAACAAUUUUGUAACUGAUUAAAACUAAUGGUAUCAAAUCAAAUAAGAGGUAAAUGUCUGUCAAAAUAGUUUUAUUUCAUUCAAACGACUAGCCCAAUUUCAUGAAUUAUUUAUGAAUUUACAUGUAUAUGGAAUAACACAUGGCUGUUGUAAGAAGGGAAAUUAAACUUUAUUUAAAUCAUUUAACAAUUUAAGUGUUUAAUCGAAUAGUUAUCCAAUUAAAUAUAAAUUAAAUAAUCUUUUUCAUAAAAUUUAAUCGAUUUUGUUAGCAUGUUGUCCUUUUGUGAAUCGAUUUUAUAUGGGCUAAAAUUAUAUGGCUGCAUUCAUUGACUUUCAUAAAAAACGAAAGUACAUUUAAAUAUAGAACGCUCUUAAUAUAAGACUUUGUAUUCGAAUGUUUGUCAAAAUCUUUUCACGAAAGGAAAGUUAGUAUUCAUAUAAAGGACAAAAUUUCGCCCCCACAGCGAUGUUGAUCUCUCGAUAUAAUCAUUCGAUUAUGAAGUCGGCAGCUUUAGUUUAAGUAAACGAUUCAUUAGAUGAUUUCCCUCCGUUUUAUUUGAAAUUAGUUAUAGUGUAGCUAUUUAUUUGUAAUCGAACAUAUUAUACUGUAUUUAAAAAUAUUACGGUUAAGGUUAUGUGAUGUUUCACUUUCGAAGUAUUUUAUGCACAAUAAUGCAUUUCAAAACGUCCGCGAGCGAUGGCGGUGUUGACUGAGUAACCUGGUACAAACUACCCUCAUUCAGUGCAUUAUAUGAUUUAAGUAACGGCGUACGCAUCGAGCAUACACUACGCGGUCUUAGAUACUAAAGAAACGAGAGGGAUAGCAAUAAAUUACUUCCGUCUCUUUCUCGCACGAAUACAUACGUCGACGGACUGCGCAGUACAUGUUAAAUGUCUAUUAUUAAGUGUAUGUAAGUUUUGUAUAAUAUUUUAUUAUAAACAUUUAAGCGAUUGUACAACAGUUUUUUCCAAUACAAUAUUGCUUGUCAGGGCGACGUCGCUUCUAUGAAGCGAAACUUUUUUUAUAUUAUUUUCACAGAUAACAAUAUUUCGGUUUAGGCUUAAGGGAUUUUUAUUUAAUCGUUUUUAUAUAUAUAUAUAUUUUAAUUUAUGAUUUCCAUUUGUGAGAAUAUUAGACAAUUGUAGGCAUUAUUAGGUAUAUGUCAAAUUUUAUAUGUACUGAUAUAUUAUUGUAUAGAUCAUUUUUUGCUGCGAUAUUAAUCAGUUGUCAUAUUUCACGGUCAGCAUUAAAUUUGAUUAAUAUUUAAGACACCAAUAAUUAUCUAUUUUGAUUCAAUUUACGUCAGCAGACAUCUUUCUUCGAAUGUGAAAAAACUGUAUUCAACUUAAAAAGUCAUAAAACAUUUAAACGAUACUAUAAAUAUUAAUCAAGUUUUUUACUGGCCCGAUAUUAAUAAGAUUACUUGAAGUUUUCAACUAGUAUAUAAGUCGUAACUCUUCACGGUCUUAGUGUUACGCGACAAUUCAAAUGUUUUAUAAUUGUCUGUGGUUAACCACAGACUAUAUAAAGUUGUUGGAACGGUAAUACUCGAUUAUUUAUAUUUUAUUUAAAAAAUAUAUUAUUGAAAUUUAUUUAACGACCCAUCCUUAAUUUGUCGUUGCGACAUUAUUUAAUGGUAAUCAAAUAGUUUGUCAUAUGUUGUAAGUAGAUUUUAAUAGAAAAUAUGCUCUUUUACAUAAAGAAAGAAAUUACCUAUAUUAUACACAGAAUAUUAAAGAAUGAUUUUUUAAU